CGCAGGAGAAAACCGAAAAGUUUUUUUUUUUUUUUCGUUCGAGAUCGAGAGAGAGAUCGAUCGAUCGAUCGAGAGAGAGAGAUGGGGGAGGCAAAGGCAACGAAGCGGAGACGCGAAUUCCCCGCAUUCCCCUUCGAUCCUUACCCGAUCCAAUCCGAGUUCAUGGCGUUCCUCUACGACUCCCUCGACAAUGGCGGCGUCGCCAUGCUCGAGAGCCCCACUGGAACGGGCAAAACCCUAAGCAUCAUCUGCAGCGCGAUGCAGUGGGUCGUGGAUCGCCGGAGAAAACUCGAUCGCGUUGCGAGUCCCGGAGGUGCGACGAAAUGUAAGAGCGGAGAGGACGAUGAGCCCGACUGGAUGAGGGAUUUUACUGCGCCUGUCGCGGCGAAGAAGGAUUCGGGGAGUAGAAAGUUAGGGUUCAGAUCGGGAGAUUUCCAGAAGAAGAAGGCCUCUGCUGUGAGACCCAAGAUUGUGGGGAAGAGGAGCGAGGAGUGUGUACGAGAUGAUGAUGGUGACGAAGAGGAGUUUUUAGUGGAGGAUUAUGAGAGUGAUGAGCGUGAGAAUGAGAGAUUAAAGAGGAAGGUUAAGAGGAAUUUAGGUUGCGGCAGUAGUGAUGAGGAAGAGGAAGUGGAAGAGGAAGAAGAAGAGGAGGAGGUUACGCCGAAGGUUUAUUUCACUAGUCGGACCCAUUCUCAGCUGUCGCAGUUUGUGAAGGAGUUCAAAAGGUCAGCUUUUGCUUCCGAGCUCAACUUGGUGUGUUUGGGCUCGAGGAAGAAUCUGUGCAUUAAUCCUGAGGUUCUGAAGCUGGGGAGCUCGAAUCGGAUUAAUGAUCGUUGCUUGGAGUUGCAAAAGAACAAAAAGGAUGCCAAAGUUAAGGUUCAGAGCGACAAUGGGAAGAUACACCAUAGAAAGACCUCUUCUGGUUGUCCGAUGCUGAGAAAGAAAAAUUUGCGUAAGCUAUUCAGGGAUGAAGUACUGACAGAUGGUGCUUUGGACAUUGAGGAGUUGUCACAGCUAGGAAGCAAGAUUGGCACCUGUCCAUAUUAUGGUGUUCGUGACAUGGUUCGAGCUGCCGACCUAGUGGUCCUUCCCUAUCAAGCUCUGCUAUUGAAAUCGGCUCGCGAGUCACUUGGUCUUAAUUUGAAGAACAAUAUAGUAAUUAUCGAUGAGGCUCACAACCUGGCAGACUCGCUCACUAAUAUGUACAACUCAAAGAUCUCCCAUUCUCAGUUGAAGCGAGUAUUGUUCCACCUUGAGGCAUACUUUGAUAGAUUUCGUAACUGUUUGGGAGCAGGAAAUCGUAGAUACAUCCAGACCUUAAUAAUUUUAACACAAUCUUUCCUCCGACUGUUGCAAGGUUGUCAAAACAGUGGAUGUAUUACAAGUUCUUGUCAAGAUAAUCAGGAAUCUGGAGGACAAAAGUGUAGCGACAAGUCAAUGUCCAUAAAUGAAUUUUUGUUUUCUCUUGAUAUCGACAAUAUAAACUUUGUUAAAAUUUGUCAAUAUGUUAAGGAAAGCAAUAUCAUACACAAGGUUAGUGGUUAUGGAAAUAAACUAUUAAGCUUGCAAAGUGGUCCUAUCCAUAUCGAUCGUCAGCAGCUUCGUGGAGAAGAAAGUAUUGUAACAGACUUUCAGGCGUUAGUUGAUAUUUUACUCUCUCUGAUAAAUAGCAACAGCGAAGGAAGAAUGAUUGUGUCAAGGCAAAAAUGCUCUGGGCAAUCCGAAGAAGGGUACCUUAAAUUUGUGAUGCUUUGUGGGGAAAAAAUCUUUUCUGAGAUUUUGGUUGAUGCAUAUGCAGUGAUUCUGGCAGGGGGAACUCUUCAGCCUAUUGAAGAAACACGGUUACGGUUAUUCCCUGGAGUACUAACUGAUCAAAUACAGUUCUUUACAUGCAACCAUAUUGUACCUCCUGAAAGUAUUCUUCCUAUAGCUGUUUCCCGCGGACCCUCUGGCAUGGUUUUUGAUUUCAGUUACAACUCAAGGAGCUCCCCAAGCAUGAUUGAAGAGCUUGGACGUUUUAUUUGCAACAUCGUGGCAAUCAUUCCUGAAGGAAUUGUCAUAUUUUUCUCUUCAUACGACUAUGAAGGGCAGGUCUACAAUGCGUGGAAUGCUUCAGGAAUCCUUUCCAAAAUUCAAAAGAAGAAGCAGGUGUUCAGAGAGCCAAGAAAUGGCAGCGAAAUCGAUUCUGUUCUCAAGCAAUAUAAAGAAGCAAUCAAUUCUACUGAAAUUUUGAGGGACUUGGGAAAUAAUGGUGCAGUUCUUCUUGCUGUGGUGGGUGGAAAGAUCUCUGAAGGCAUAAAUUUCAGUGACGGGAUGGGCCGCUGUGUUGUAAUGGUCGGGCUGCCGUAUCCGAGUCCAAGUGAUGUGGAAUUGAUGGAAAGAGUGAAGCACAUAGAGAAAUUGGGUGAGCUGACUUUAAAUGGAUCGAGAAAAUCUUCGAGCAGUAAGGUGGAUGAUAAUUGUGAAGUCCAGUCCGGCUUUGAUAUCUUAAGACAAUGCACGCAAAGAGGACGAGAGUACUAUGAGAACUUGUGCAUGAAAGCUGUGAACCAAUCAAUUGGAAGAGCAAUUAGGCACAUGAAUGACUAUGCCGCCAUGUUAUUGGUCGACUCACGUUAUGCCUGCGAUCCAUCGAAAAGAAGUUUCUCCUGUCCAACCGAGAAGCUACCUCAGUGGAUAAAAGACCGACUUAUCCGUGCUACUGGGAGCUAUGGUGAAGUUCAUAAAUUAUUGCAUCAGUUCUUUAGAUUCAAUAAGCAGAGGCGUGGAAAGUGAUAUACUCUUUCCAAAGUUCAUGCAGGUUCAAAUACUUAACUACUUGCUUUAUCAAUUGGUUUAGAUGAUUAAAUAGUUAAUACAAUUCUUUGUUAGGAAAAUACUGUUUAUGGUAUAGAAUCGCAUGUUUAUGAUUGGAUCUGUUAGAGAUUUUAACGGGCCGAGCUUUUAGCCAUCUGAUGGCCCAACCUGGAUAAACAUGGCCCAAUUUUGCUGGGCUAGAAAUUUCGACGUAGGCCCACCGACAACUGUAAAUUUGCAAAGAACCUGCUAGGAGGCUAUGUAUUUUUGUUAAGAAUCAUUACAUGCUAUUGUUUUUCCCCUCAAUAGAUAUUGACAGAAAUUCUGUUUGUUGACUGAACUAUAAGAAUAAAAAUGUCUAU